AUGAACAGAAUAUUUGGAAGUAAUAAAGCCAAGCCCAAGCCAAAUUUGAACGAUGCUAUACAGUCGACCGAUACACGUAUGGGCUCGAUUGAGGUCAAGGUAAAGAAGCUAGAUGCGGAAUUAGGUGUAUUUAAAGGUCAAAUGGCGAAGAUGAGAGAAGGUCCUGGUAAGGCAGCAGUCCAACAACGAGCUCUCCGGGUGUUGAAGCAAAAGAGAAUGUAUGAAGGUCAAUUACUUCAACUACAACAACAAUCGUACAACAUGGAACAAGCAGCUAUGACGACUGAGAAUUUGAAAAAUACUAUGGCUACGGUGGAUGCUAUGAAGAUAGCGAAUAAAGAGAUGAAGAAGCAAUACAAAGGAAUAGAUAUUGAUAAGAUCGAAAGCAUACAUUAUGAUAUGGAAGAUCUGAUCGAACAAGCGAAUGAUAUACAAGAAUCUCUGGGAAGAAGUUAUGGUGUUCCUGAUGAAGUUGAUGAAGCGGAUUUGCAAGCUGAGUUAGACGCAUUGGGACUUGAUGAUGACCCUAUAGGAGAAAAUGAAACUCCAUCAUAUCUACAAGACUCGACAGCUUUACCUGAUUUCGUAGAUACCGCUCCACUCGAAGAAUUGGGCCAAUCUAAUGCACCUACAGCUGAAGUGGCAAGGUAG